AUGCGGUUCGGAAUUGAGAAUCUGCCGCAUGUGAAAAAUUCCGAUUGCCCCCAAAGGGCAUUAGAAGAAAUAGAAAAAACGAUGAUUUUAAAGAAUUUUGUUGAAGUUAUUCCUUCAAAUCAAACAAGAACUCUUCAAAAAACUGUUCAAUUUUUCAUUGAAGAUCUGAAGGGGGAAAUCAAUCAAGAAAAAACAAAUAUUUUGCAAUGUUCCACCUGCCCUUCGUUAUUUGCUUUUCACAUUCCGACAAUAGCCCUUCGACAUUCCUAUCAUUUCGCUUUAAUGUCGUUUCGGCACCACAGCCCUAUGGACUUGAUUUAUUCAUUAAAAUCCAUCAAAAGCAGAAGAGCUUUAAAUAAACAGUUGUGUGACAUCAGGUCGACAGUUGACAUCAUGACCUUUAGUUAA